AUGGGAAGAAUUAAGGACAGGUUAUAAGGGAAAUGAAAAUGAAACUCUCAGCUUACUCAAGUUUUGUCCUCAUUAUGGCUAUGGUGAGCUUGUUGAAGAACAGCAGCGCAGAUCCAACUGAUGGAUUCAGUGAGGUGGCAUUAACAGAGGACAACUUCCUCAUACAGAAACCAUAUGACAAGCCCUUGAACGAACGUUAUUCUUACAAAAAUGGGAUUCGACGGUUUUGGGUUUACGAGAAUGACAAGCCCUUCAAAGUUGGCAGCCCUACCAGACCCCGAACUGAAGUUCGCAUUAAGGGACAUGACUACUCAUCUGGAGUUUGGCAAUUCGAAGGGCAAUUGUACGUUCCAGAAGGAACCUCAGGGGUCACAGUUAUGCAGGUAUUUGGGGCAGUUACCAAAUCCACAUCUCUGCAACUUAGAGUUUACAAUGGCCAACUGAAGCCCUACAGGUCCGACCCGGUGGCCACAGACAUCUAUAAUAAGUGGUUAAGGCUUAACGUGAUUCAUAACGUCGGAAAAGGGGAAAUAAAAGUUUACGUCAAUGGUAAACAAAAAGUGGUGGUCUACGACGACGGCCCGGCGGAGCACUAUUUCAAGUGUGGGGUGUAUGCGGCGCCUGAUAGUUCAAGCCACUACAUGGAAUCAAGGUGGAAAAAUAUCAAGCUUUACAAAAAGCGAACCACAGACUUGAUAAUGGCUGUGUAAUAGUUGUUUUUUAUUUUUGUUUUUCCUUUUUCAAGUAGUAGAUUGAGAAAUCAGAUAUUCCAACCUGGAUUUAUC